AUGCCCAAAAAUUUCCUUUGCGACAGUACUUGCAACAUUACCACUUGCCUGCCAUUUGUUGCCAGUCACGAGCAGCUACAAGACUGUCCUUCCAUUUUGACGGAGCAACUCGCACAGAUGCAGUCUCUGGAGCUGCAAAUCCAAGUUCAACAAUCCAUGUAUGAGACCCACAAACGUUUGUUGGAAGAAAUCGGCGCCACGACGAGGGAACAGAUCCAUUUCGGGACCGCAUGGGCAGAUGCAACGUUGAAGUACAGUAGAGGCCUGAUUCCGGAUUAUUUCACCUGGAGGGCGAUUAGGAAUGCACGAGUCGAAUACGUCAAGGAUUUGAAUGACCUUAACGAGAGCAUGCGCGAACGCCUCCUUGAGUUGGGUGCCUUCGACUACACGGUGUGGGAACCUGAUGCAAUUACGCUGGACGAGGACUGGCAGGAGGAUGAGAACACAACAUUUUCCAAGCAUGAGGAAAUAGAAUGCUAG